UCCACCAUACUCAGGUGGAAAACACACUCGCUGGAUUAAACCCUGGAUGGAAGUAAUUAUUUUGCUUUCUGUCUGUACAAUUUGGACUAACAAUUUCAUAUUACCAGAAGUGUUGUGCUGCUGGUAUGCUGCUUUGGGACACUGAGCCACAAUUUUUUAUGGCCAAAGGUGUUGAAACAUUUAAAACAAAAGACAAGAGAGUUAUUCCUUUGGAAGAAACUUGAUCUUGAAUGAGCAGUCUGCUGAGGUGGGGAAACGCAAGAAGCUCUAAAUAAAAAUAAAAGUUAAAGUUUCUGUCAGAAGCACAGAAAAAAAUGGUUGGAAUCAAACCUACCGACCUGCCACCAACUGCCGCUGUCAAGUUUUUUGGAGCUGGUACAGCAGGAUGUUUUGCUGAUCUGGUCACUUUCCCACUGGACACAGCAAAAGUGAGACUUCAGAUCCAGGGAGAGUCUACAGCUGCCUCAGGAUCAGCUGUGGUGAAAUAUCGUGGAGUAUUUGGCACCAUUGCCACUAUGGUGCAUACAGAGGGCGCAAGGAGUCUGUACAAUGGCCUGGUGGCAGGACUGCAACGACAAAUGAGCUUCGCAUCUGUUCGUAUCGGCCUUUAUGACUCAAUGAAGCAAUUCUACACCAGAGGAUCUGAGAAUGCAAAUAUUGUCACUCGUCUAAUGGCUGGCUGCACCACUGGGGCCAUGGCUGUCGUGUUUGCACAGCCCACAGAUGUCGUAAAAGUGCGUUUCCAGGCUCAAGUGCGUCAAUCUGACGGAUUAAAGAGAUACAACGGCACAAUGGAUGCAUAUCGGACUAUUGCACGUGAUGAGGGUGUUCGGGGGCUUUGGAAGGGCUGCAUGCCAAACAUCACAAGGAACGCGAUUGUAAACUGCGCAGAGCUGGUCACUUACGACGUUAUCAAGGAACUCAUAUUAAAAUAUGACCUCAUGACAGACAACCUACCCUGCCACUUUAUUGCUGCAUUCGGAGCUGGUUUCUGCACCACGAUUGUGGCAUCUCCAGUAGACGUAGUAAAGACCCGCUUCAUGAACUCAACUACAGGCCAGUACAGCAGUGCACUAAACUGUGCCCUCACUAUGCUGACCAAAGAGGGACCAACAGCUUUCUAUAAGGGCUUUGUGCCCUCCUUCCUGCGCUUGGGAUCCUGGAACAUUGUGAUGUUUGUCUCCUACGAGCAAAUCAAGAGAGGUCUGACUAGAAUGCAGAGCUCAUGGGAGUCACCUUUCUGAAUGGACAUUGUCAGCAUCUUCUGAUUUAGAUUAAACAGAGAGUGCAAAUAUAAGUCAAGUCCUCUGUUAUGAGAACAAAGGGAUUCCCGGGUUAAGUCUUAUCACUGAAAAAGGCUGCAACUUGUUAAGGCCAAUGGUCAAGUUCAUCAAAAAUGAAAGAUGAGCUGCCAAAAAUCAUGAGACGCAUGACUGAGAAAGCAAAUUGAGAUAUUUGUCUUAGUUACAAUGUCAUUGGAUAAUAAUAGUAAGGAUAUAUGUCCAUUUUUAAUGUAAAUACUUUUAAAUAUGUCAUUAAAACGGGUCCAUAGCUCUAAUGAAUGCAUGUAUAUUUAUACUAUAAUUUGUAAACUGUACAUUAUU